CCGGCGAGGUGGCAGUCUGCGAACAGGUUUGUCGACGCCUUCGUAACGGGCCAAGGGAGGAAGACACGCCUUUUGUUAGCGGGCACUGCUGCUUGGCCCUCUGAGCACAAGCUUCCGAAAUGCAGUUCAUUGAGCUUGACUGCGAAGCGAAGAUUGUUCGUAGUUUUCUCACCCAAACGGGUCAACUUUACGGAACGCUUGAGCUAGCUAGCCUUGUUGGAAAGUGUGAGUUGCCAAACAUUCUAAGCUUGGAAGGAGGGGGCCCGAUUGCAGGGAAUUACAGUAUCUUCCUAAACGCGAAGUUUAACUUGUGCUACCACGAGUUGGAAUCAUGGCUGCCAGCUAUGUUGCCGUGCGCUCUGCAGCUUUGGCUGCCCCGAAGUGCAUUGUGUUGAGGAGAGACUGCGCUACGUGCGCGCAGCCUCAGAGUGCAUUUCUGGGUGCUGGGCUUCCCAUGAAGAAUGGGCCAUCAAAGGCAGCAGCGCGGCCAAUGAAGGGUGUGGUGCGUGCUGACGUCGCCAGCACAAUGCCGAAGGAGAGAGUGUCUGAUGCGGCGGAGCGUCUGGCCGGUGGUCCCGCCAAGAACGAUAAGGACCAUGAGAAGUUCCUCCAUAUUGCUCAAGAGGCCAAUGCGAAAGUACCUGGGCUGACCGAGACUGUGUGGGGUCAGAAGGUGCAAGGGCCAAAGUACCCAGCUCUGGACAAGGAUUUGAAGGUCGACGUUGUUGUCAUUGGGGCGGGUAUCAGCGGGCUAAGCAUUGCUUAUAACUUGGCUAAGGCUGGGAAGAAGGUGGCGGUGCUCGAGGGGAAGAGCAGAGGCAGCGGGCAGACCGGUAAGACAACUGCACACAUUAUGCUAUGGAAUGACGACUACUACCACAUGCUAGAGAAGACGUGGGGUGAAGAAUGGAUGAAAAAGGUGGGAGAGAGCCACCGGGAGGCUGGGGACUUUAUUGAGAACGUCAUCAAGGAGGAGGGCUUUGACGGCGGCUACACUCGGACAACCGGGUAUCUGGUUGCCAACGACGAGGGGCCCACCACUCUGGACAUGCUGCGGAAGGAGGCGGACGCGGCCCGACGCGCGGGCUUCGAGGGUGCGGAACUGAUCGAUCUGAAGGGCGAUCGCCGGCACGGGGGGUACUUCUCGGCGAUCCGUUGGCCCGCAUCCGCGGAGAUCCAGCCGCUGAUGUACAUCAACGGACUGGCCGACGCGAUCGUGAAGCACGGCGGACACAUAUACGAGAUGACCCAGGUGUCGGACAUUGACGGUAACCGCGUGGCGACUAAGACGGGCCACUCCGUGACCGCGGACGCCGUGGUGGUCGCCACGGGCAGCCCCAUCAACCACAACUUGGCGAUUCAUUCGCGCCAGCAUGCCAUGCGCUCCUACGUCGUGGGGCUCAAGCUUGAGAAGGACUCUGUCGAGCGCGCGUCUUGGUGGGAUACGAUGACUCCCUACCACUACACCCGCGUGGAAUCGUUUGACGACCACGACGUGCUCGUGGUGGGGGGGUCCGAUCACCCCACGGGCCAACACCCCAGCGAGUACUACAAUGCGUACGCUCAGCUGGAGCAUUACGCGCGCGAACGCUGGACGCAGGCAGGGGAGACGCUCUACCGGUGGACCGGCCAGUUGAUGGAGCCUGACGACCAGUUGGCGCUGUACGGACGGGAGCCGCUCGACGUGUCGGGCUGCCACUACAUUGCCACGGGCGACAGCGGUCAGGGCAUGACGGGCGGUACUAUCGCGGGGCUGGUCAUCUCCAGCCUGAUCCUCAACGGAAACCACAAGUGGGCGGAGGUUUACAGCCCAUCUCGCAUCGCGCCCCCCAACGAGAUCACCGUUACUCAGCUCGCCGGCUCUAUCAAGACUGUCACGCAGGGUCUGGCUGAGGCUGUCCUUCCCAAGAAGCUGAACAAUGUGUCAGACGUGCGCCCCGGGGAUGGCGCCGUCAUCCAGACCGGCACCAAGCAGGUGGCCGUGUUCCGGGACGAGGACGGCAAGGCGCACACCUACUCAGCGAUUUGCCCACAUUUGAAGUGCGAGACGCAGUGGAACCCGAACGACAUGACGUUUGACUGCCCCUGCCACGGGAGUCAGUUUGACCGGUAUGGCAAGUGCAUCCAAGGCCCGGCGAAGGAGGGGCUGCAACCACUUGAGUUGUAGAAUUGAUUGAGACGUUCAGAGUGAGAGGUAUUGUAAUCUGGUACUACGCCAUUCUUGAGUUGUAAGUUUUGAUCGAGACGUUGAGGUGAGAAGCGUUGUAGGUUGGUAUUACACCAUUUUUGCAGUAGGGAAGGAUAAUCGCGGUGAGGUUAAGGAGGUGUUGUGACAGCGCAGCCAGGUGUUGCGAACCCAUUUUUGGUGCGUUGCUUUAAUGAGCACUUGUACACAUUUGAGAACUAUUGAGAGUUGGAAAAUGCAUUGGUUUGGCCGUGAAUCAUGUGUCCUGACCAGCGUACUCAUCUUCCAAUUAGUUUGUCAGUCCUCGGGUUAGAACGUCGUGAGACACACGCUCUUGUACUGAAUCGGAAUGCCUAUCUUUCCAGCCUUUUUCGGUUCAGAAGUUUUGAAAUUGCUCAGUCGAUAAUUGCAG